AUCUGGAAUAAUACAGAGAUAAAAAAAAGUCUAAAAGAAAUUAAAUUAGUCAAAUAAUUCACCUUCUGAUGAAAAUAAAACAAAUUAUAUGUACAGAAAUAUUUCUGAUUUGAGCUGUUUGAUGUAUCUGUAAAAACAAAUACAUUAGGGGAAUACCUUCCCUUCAGUGAUUUUUCCGGAAAAACUGACUUAUAAAUUGACGAAGAUACUCUAAGUCUCGUCAUCUGGGGGGAAAAAAUCAGCAGCGGCUUAAAACUAUUAAGGGCUUCUGAAAUCUUCUCGAAGAAGCCAACUUGAUUCACUAAACUUUAUUUAAUUCUCCUCACGAUGUGGAUGAAUCUUUGCUUAUUCCUUUCUAAAUGCUUCGCCGUUUCCAUUUUAUAAGCAUCAAGGACAUCUCCGUCAUAAGUUCGCAGGACAACCUGUGAUAUGCCGACAUCAUCAGUGCUAUCAGCCGGUAACGACCGGCACCAAAUGAACAUAUUUCUUUCGAUGGGAUCGCUUUCGUUCCUGCUGCUGCUCGUGGUGAUAUCAGGUGUUUCUUCAGAUCCCACUUUUGUAGAAAUGAUUCCAAAUGUGACAGUUCCAAUCGGUAGAGACGCAGUUUUACAGUGCACCGUACAAGAUAUAGAAAAUUACAAGGUGGCUUGGAUAAAGAUGGACACUCAGACACUUCUCACCAUUCACAAGCACGUCAUCACGCGUGACAAAAGAAUACGCGUCACGAACAACAACCUGCAAUGGAACCUGCACAUCAGUAAAGUCGAGGAGAAAGACAAAGGCUACUACAUGUGUCAAAUAAACACAGAACCGAUGGUCAGUCAGCUGGGAUACCUGGACGUUAUGGUCCCUCCAACUAUCAUCGAGUCCAGCACCAGUUCGGACACGGUGAUCGAGGAACGUUCCAAAGUAAGUCUCCGGUGCGAGGCUUCCGGCUAUCCUGAACCCAUUAUCACUUGGAGAAGGGAAGACGGAAAGGACAUCAACCUCGGAUCCUACGGGGGAAGGAAAUAUUCAGCCCUGCGAGUGGAAGGCGAGUACCUGAACAUCAGUCAGGUCUCCCGGGAAGACAUGGGGGCCUACCUCUGCAUAGCGGCUAAUGGAGUCCUGCCAUCAGUCAGCAAAAGGAUAAUACUUCAAGUCAAUUUUCGGCCGAAGAUAAGGGUACCUAAUCAACUGGUGGGUGCAGCGUCCGGAUCUGACGUCACUCUGGAAUGCAGGCUCGAAGCCUCCCCUUCGCCACUCACGUCAUGGAUACGCAGUGACGGGAUCAUGUUGCUCAACAAUCGCAAGUAUGAUAUUACAGAGGAGAAAAACGGCUACAAGAUUAACAUGAAAAUCAAGAUUUACAAACUGACGGAAAGUGACUUCGGCUCAUACAAGUGCGUAGCCAAGAAUACGUUGGGAGAGAAAGAAGGAUUUAUCCGCUUGUAUGAAAUUCCGCCACCUACUGCAAAUCCAAAAGUCACUCAGCAUUACGAAGUUUAUUUACCUAGGCUGAGAGAACAUCUGCACAGCAACAGCUCUGUACAGAGAAAAAAUUCUCCGGCCUCUAAUACUUUAAUGGACGAAUCCCAGGAAUUCCUCUCAGAUAAAACACUUCGGCCGGCUUCGUCUGAAUCUGGUGCUGAGGAUGAAACAAUGCCAAGUAGGCCGUUACAGGGAAGUCCAAAUAGUGGAGGAUUUCAUGCAACAUCGUUCAGUUUGUCCAUAUCCUGUAUAUUGGUUUUAAUGGAACUGAUGAUGCAGCUAUAAUUUUGAACAAAGUUUGGAUAAUAUUUUUUUGCAUUUGGGUUGAUCUCAAGAUUUACGAUAUUGUUGAUAAAGGACAACAGACAUUUUUGAGUGGAACAUAUCCAUACAUCUUCCUCAACACUCGAAUUCAAUGUUUCGUUAUUUCAGAGUUUACGUUCUAUCAGCUCGGAAAGAACUAAUCUAUUAUUUGAGAUGCAUUAACUACGUUACAGAGUGCUAAUGUACAUUUCUCCAUGUAUUCAAAGUAAUACAUUCUUGAAACAAUGUAUCUUGUCUGCUGACUUCCAUUUCACUGAUACAUAAGAAAGGACUGGAUUAAAGACAGAUAAUUUAUGUAUUAUGUGUUAAAAAGCUAUGAACGUCAAGUUAUUAACUCAAAUUAUUUCAUUUAAAAAUGCACUUAUUAACUUCGACAGUAUCAGAAGAAAGGAAACAUUUACAUAUUUUUUUUUCCCCAAAAAUGGAUAAAUUCAUUUAAAGUUACUUUUGUUCAUAUCGUUACUGAUGUGAUACCCCUGUUAUCAUAAAAUAUCCAAUAUUUGAUAUUUACAUAAAGUUUAUUGUAAAGUUUACUUGAGAGAAGUGUAUUAUAUAGUGACUUCAUGAAAAAGGUUUAAUGUCUACAAUGGACAUUAUUUUAAUGAAUUUUCUAACCAAUAUGAACUACUAGAAGUAGAGAAAUUAAGGAAAAAAAUGCUUGGAAUUCAGUUUAAAUGUAAAUAAUAAAUUAAAGCAAUUAAAAAAGAUUUUCAGGGUUAUUUUCGAAUAUUCGAUUGAAGUCAUUCACAAUAUUGUAAAGUAUUUGGAAUAAUUGAAAAACAUUGUAGCGAUACAUCAUUUUUUUUUUGAUGAGCAUGAGUUUUCUAUAAUAAUUAAU